AAUACAACAACGGAGAAAAACAAGGUCCAGGAAUCUAAUUCAACUUAUUUGAGAGCAAAUAAAAUCGUAAAUAUGAAUCCCAACAUGAAUAUGCACGCCAUGCCACAACAGCAACAACAAAUGGGAGCCGUUGGACAAGGUGGUCCUGUUGGUGUUCCACCCAAUGCCAUGAUGCAGCAAUCGCCACUCAUGCAAUCAUCACCACAACAGCCCCAACAAAUGGUCUCCCAACAGCAGCAGCAGCAACAACAACAACAACAGCAGCAACAAAUGUCCCAAAAUCAAGCUCAGCAGCAACAACAACAACAGCAGCAGCAGCAACAACAAGCCGAGAAAAUUGACAAUAUUUCCAAAGUCAAAAGUUUAUAUAUGCCCAUGCGUGAAUCUCUACUAAUGACCUUCCGUGGUGCGGCAUUCACUUUGCAGCAAAAUAAUAUGGCAGACAAUCUCAAGCGAGACACAAUGGUGAAUUCGGCACGCUUUGAUAAAUACUUGGAGGAAUUCUAUGCAUAUUGUGAUCAAAUUGAAAUGAAUCUCAAAACAGCCAUACAAUGCAUGCAACAAUUCUCUUCGGCACAAAAAUAUCUUCCAGGCGCUGUCACCGCUUUGAGAACUGAACCUUAUUUGCAAGAAAAUCCCUCGGGACCCAUGCCAUAUCCCACAUUCUUGAAUACGGUGCGUGUACAUGUACAAUCUACCAAAGAUUUGCGUGAUACUCUCAUUAGUGCCUCGCAGAAUAUAUCACAAGCCGAUUGAUGAUGAUUUGACAUGGAUUGAGAAAUUCUUUGAGCCAAUAUUUUUAAAAAUAAUAAAGGAAAGAACAAUUCAUGGUUACUUAACGUACAUACAUAAAUAUAUAUAUUUUAUAAGAAAUAAUGAAAAAAAACAAGUUUUUCAGAUGUAGCUUAGACUGUAUAAGAUUUAAAAAAGUAUAUCCUAAAUGUUUUUGUAGUGUUAAGCUUGAGCUCAGUCUUCUUCAGCGGCUUCUUGCUCAGCUAUCUUUUGUAAGCGUACUUUGAAUAAAUUAUCAUCUUUCAAAUGUU